UAUCACACCGAAUUGUUCAAGGAAAGUGUAGAAGUCUUUAAGAGCAAGGGGAUGGUGUGUACAUAAAAUUUUUCAAACUGUUAAUGAGAUACCUGCACUGAAAAAAGUAAUCUUGCAAUUAUAGCGAGAGUUAUUUAGCUGGAACGGCACAUUUCCCAACGAAACAUUUCCCUGAGUGUGGAUUCGCGCGCAAGUUGUAGCAAACGGCAUAACCGAUAAAUCGUCUACGUGAACAACGCACAAUGUCCAAAAUAUACGAUAUGAGUGCAGUACACACGCAGAACCCAUGCAAUAUAUUUUCGCUUAAAACGGAUCUCAUUACAUCGACGAGUCCUACGAAAAUGAACAUCAUUAUACCAAUUAUCCCCGCGUCCGUGCGUAAUAUCAUGGAUUUCACGCUGGUGGUGGCAGGCAUUAGCCUAAAUGCCUUUCUCGGUCUCUUUAUCGUAUUAAAUUCUACCAUGCACACCUCCACCAACUGUUACAUAGUGAGCCUGGUAUUGUCGAACUUCGUAAUCCUGCUCGAACCACUUGAGCGAGUAUUUCAUUGGAUUUUCGAUAUACACCUAGAGAUGAAUCUCGACUAUAUAUUUUUGGUAAGCUUUGCCACGUCUAUACUGACGAUAAUUUUGCUAAAUAUCGAGGCGUACGUUGUCAUCUGUCAAAAAAAUUCGCCUCUUCGUAAGUUACUCUUAAAGAAUUCGACAGCUAUAAAAGGGAUCUUAUUCAUAUGGACAAUGUGUAUUAUGGCGUCAGCCAUAGAAUUAAACUUGUAUGAUCAUUUUGUGAAAGAAAUCAUGUACGACAUCUACGUUUCAUCCACUGUUAUGUUUCUAUUAUUCCCGUGUCUCAUUUUUGUUUUGCUCGAUUACUUCAUCAUAUACGACCUGAAAAGAUCGAAAUCAAUAACUGGAACAUGGCCGAGCAAAGAUGUCAAGCGUUUUAUUUUUCUGGUUGGUGUUAAUAUUGGAUUUUUUCUAACUGUGGCACCAUAUCGAAUUGUGAGAGCUAUCGCUCUCAUAACGCAAACUUAUUAUAACAACAUGGCGAUAGAGAUAACGUAUACCAUGGUUAAAAUGUAUCCGAUAAUUCUACCAAUAAUAUAUUUCAUAAUAUCGAAGGAGUUCCGUCAACUCUCUCGAGACAAGACUGCAGUGUCAAUGGAACCUACGUCAUAACGUAAAAGAUAUGCGGAUAUAUAACGAGAUAUCAAAGUAUAUUUAUGCACAAUUCCAUUAAAUUCCAUUAGGUAAGUCUAUCCAAUUUUUUUAUAAUCUAUGUAAUCUAUCUUAUUAUAUUUUCUCGUAAAGGUUUAUCCAUUGUGUGCAUCUUUUGGAUAAUUUAUUAUUCCUGAGAAGACCUUAAAACUCGCGCGUGCGAUAACCAAGUACAUCCGCUCUCACGAGAGAAAAAAAACGAUGUGUCUGCACACAAAUUUUCGAAUUCACUGAGUUUUCAGUAUGCAAAUUAGUUUUCAUUUAACCCUCUCCUUCAAAAGUCAGAUCAGCAUUGUACUUAGAGACUGUGUACUUAUAAAAUAAGGAAAUAUAUUAUCUUAUUUUAUACAAACUAUAACAGAUAUUAUUUAAAUUAUAAGUUAUCGCCAUCUAAUUAUGCAUGUAGUACCAUCACGUAACACUUUAAUUUUAAAGUACUAUGUGUAAUUAUGAAAAAUAUGUAUUGCAUU